AUGACAUCAGUUCCACCUAGACAGUCUUGGUGGAACUCGAAGAAGACUGUAAAAGUUAUAAGACCUUAUCCAACCUUCCCUUCCUUGAAUGCCUGGGAAAAAUUCAGGGGUCUCUUGCCUGUGGAAGGGGAGCCGAACCCUGGAGUGGGCCUAGGAGUGGAGGAAGGACUGCUCUGCCAGAUGGUUCGUUCUCCAGAAUUCAACCUGUUUCCUAACUCUGUGGUGUUUGAAAGCAACUUUGUCCAGGUCAGAAGUGGGGGCAGAAACUGGAAAGAAAUCUACAAAGCCUCCAACACAAUGGCCCUUGGGGUGACCUCCUCCGUGCCUUGCCUACCCCUUCCAAACAUCCUCCUUAUGGCCAGAGUCAAAUGGCAUCAGGGGCAAAGCCAGACAUGGAACAGACCAUCUACAGCCCCGAGCAUCAUCCUGAAGAGUAUUCUUCCUUUGAAGUUUGUGGAGCUUCAGAUCUGUGACCACCAUGAACGUGUCCUGAGGUUGAGGACAGUCACUGAGAAGAUCUACUUCCUAAAGCUCCACCCUGACCACCCUGAGAUUGUCUUCCUCUUUUGGAUCCGCCUGGUUCAAAUUCUGCAGAAGGGUCUGUCCAUCACCACCAAGGACCCUAGCAUUCUGGUCACUCACUGCCUGGUACCCAAGAGCCUCUGCAGCCCAUGUGGAAAGUCCGAGUUAGUGCCGAAGAAACCUCAAGGUCCCCGGCCCAGCGAGAGCCUCAUGCAGCUGAUGGCCAAGGGCGAGAGUGAGGCCCUCUCGCAGAUCUUUGCCGAUUUGCAUCAGCGGAAACAGUACAGGAGGAGCAAGAAGAUUCAGAUCAACAAGACCAACGCAGGGAAAGCUACUCCCAGUGAAAACAGUGUCCCCUGUACUCGCGAUCUCAGCUGGAGGGAUGCGCUGUCUUACGGAGAGUGGGAAAGAGAGAACCCCUCUGGGCCACAGCCCCUCUCGCUCCUCGGCACUCUGGCUGCCUCCAGCAGGCCUCGGCUGUCCCUGACUGGAGGAAUCUCUAUAUGACGGAUCCUUUCCCAUUGGGGAGACUUUGUGCAGUCCACACCAUCACUUCUCUUCCGUAUUCAGUUUCUGGGAACUCUAUCUGAUCAGAAGGGAGGAGGAAAUGGCCACUAGGAGCAAAGCCGAGUUAUCGCAGCUCCGAGAAGAAUGCUUCUUCAUCCUGUCAGCCUCUCCACGACUUCUCACCACCGCCUGAGGGUACAGCAACCUGCAUCCCACGGCACCAUGCAGGUAGACGAGCCAGGAGAACAGUGCGAGGGGAGCAAGCCCAGGGAACAGGUGGACAAGAGCAAAUCAGAGCGGAAGCUGGCACAAGGAAGUCAGAGAAGAGAGGCAGGAAGAACAGUCACAACACAAGGGAACAGGAGAGACCCGGGAGAAAAGAACUACACAAGAAGCACAUCUCUGAGAGAUGUCCGGCCAAGCAUCUAUUUAUCUAAUUUAAAAAGUAAAGCCAUAAACCAA